GAAGAAAGGCUUUACAGAAUAAUAAUGGCUACAUCAGUACAAUUGAUAUGGAGCCUGAGAUGUGAACGAGUCAUUGAUAAACAGAACGAACCGUUACACCCGAGAAAUACACGAAACAAAUGGACGAGAGGGGUAAAUAACUGGCUGGAAAUGGACUGCCUACAAAUGAGGCAGAACUUUGGAAGGAGAGCCCUUAAAACCCAACUAGUUGAAAGGACGUGGGAAGGGACCUUGCUGAAUGAAGAACGACUCCCAAGACACUGGUCUGGAGUCGCUGGGGUUUUAGUGGGUAUCGGACCUUAG